AAGAAGAGACAAAGGGGAGGGUGCAGUGAGGCUGAGUGAGCUAGGAGAACAAGACUCCUGUGGAGAAACAGGGUGGACCAAGACGGUGGACCUGCAUGUGCCAGAAACUUGGCAAUGUCACAUCGUGUGAUGACGUCUGAGCCAUCUCACCAUCAUCUUCGCGAUGCGGCUCGUGAGCAUGUAAACAACUAAGAAACACUGAUUGCCUGCCUGCAUCACCCAGCAAGAUGAACAUCGACGUCAGCAACUUGAUCAAAAAAGCUGUCCCCGAGUCCGAGGGCCGCAAUGUCAGAGUCCUCUCAGAAAACUCCAAGUCGGCCGAUUUCCGCGACGGCAACUUUCUGUCGCGCGACUUUCCCCGCUCCGCGCCCAAGCUGUACAUCACGGGCGAGGACGAUGACUUUGACGAGUUGACCAUCAAGGAGUGGCAGGACGAAGGAUUCGACGUCGAGUACUUCUCCGUCCAAAGUUGUGGCGCCGACGGGUACAUUGAGAAGCUCAGGGACCUGAGCAGGGAGAAGAUGGAGCCUUGUGCCAAGUUUGGCAUCGUGGCAUAUGACAGCGCCGCGACAAUGUGUCUGGCACACUACCAUUUCAUGGACAAUAAUCCCGAAUUCAAGCUCGGCCUGCUCAUCGCCUACUACCCGACCGCGAUCCCCGACCCCGAGGGCAAGUUCCCCAACGCCAUCAGCACGCUCGUCCAUCUCACCGCGGGCGCUGAGAUCGGCAUCACCAAGCAGUCGCAGAUGGUCGGGAUACAGGGCAAGCGUCGCACCAAGAAGAAGAGGGUUGAUCCAGGGGCCGGCACGGGGGGCAAGCUGCAACUCGCGUACCCGAGCUACACGUACAACGCCGAGCCAGGCUUCGCAGAGCACGACGUGGAGGAAUUCGACGGCAUCUGCGCCGAGAUCGCCUGGAGCCGCAGUCUGUCGGCGGCGCGCAAGGUGUUUGGCAUCGACCCGGAUCUCGAGGUCGUCUUGGAGAGCAAUCUGCAGAGCAAGUUCUUCACAAACGACAUUGACAAGGCCGUCGAGGCAUACACGACACACAAGACGCCGCAUGUCACAAACAUCCCCAGCCUGACGGGCGGCAUCGGCGUCGAGGACCUCAGGGCAUACUACGCCACGGCGUUCACCAACCCGCCCAGCACAAAGGUGACACUCUUGUCUCGCACGAUUGGGGUGGAUCGCGUGGUCGACGAGAUGCACAUUCGCUUCAAGCAUACGCAGGAAGUGCCCUGGAUGCUGCCCGAUGUGCCGGCGACCAACAAGAAGGUGGAGAUCCUCGUGGUAAGUAUCGUCGCGCUCAAGGGCGGCAAGCUAUACCAGGAGCAUGUAUACUGGGACCAGGCCAGCGUCCUGAUGCAGAUCGGUCUGCUGGACCCAAAGCUUCUGCCCCAGACUGCAAAGGAUCUUGGGGUGGACAGGCUGCCGGUUGUCGGUCGCAAGGCGGCGCGCAGGAUCCUGAGCGAGUUUGAUAGCGAGGAGGAGAAUGAGUAACAGAUAGUUUUGGGACGUGUCUCGACGUCUUUGUAUGUGUAUUGGGAGAAAUACUUGAGCGUCUGUGAGGGCUUGUUCGCUGCCGUCGAAAGAAGCUGGGUCAGUGUAGCCGCCAUG